AUGCCCGCAUCUCAAAGCCCGGGAUGCUCAACGACAAAUGACGACUCAAAUAGAAACAUAGAAACACCAAAUACAGGACAAGCUCAACAAAAUCUGCAAAAUCCGGAACAGAUUAAAAAGGAUAAAAAACGACGAAAGAUGAUAUUCGGAACAAUAAUUGGGUGCUGGAUUGCCGUUUACUCUGUCGACGUGAUGGGCCGCCAUUCGCUUAAUAAUACUGAAAUUUUUAGCGGUAAAUGUAACUGGGCUCCAGGCCUUGGCACAUUCACUUUGAUUGUUGUUAUUAUAAACGAUUACUCCGAGUUUUUGGAGGCUUUUUCUCCGAUGUAUUUAUGCUUUACGGUUUGUAUGUUGGAU